AUGGCCAUGAGAAACCAGACUAGCAUGAUUGAAUUCACCCUUGUCUCCUUUCCCUCUGUCCAGGAGCUUCAGAUCUUGCUAUUUCUCAUUCUCCUGCUGGUUUAUACACUCACUAUAACAGAAAACAUUGUUAUCAUUUCCUUAAUAUGGACUGAUAAUCGUCUCCAAACACCAAUGUACUUCUUCCUCAAUAGUUUGUCAUUUUGGGACAUUUUAUUCACAACUACUAUUGCCCCAAAGUUGCUAGCUUGCCUCUUAGAGGAAAAGAAAAACAUACCUUUUGCUGGCUGCGUCAUCCAAACAUAUUUCUACUUCUUUCUGGGGACAGUGGAGUUUAUCUUCUUGGAGGUGAUGUCCUUUGACCGCUGUGUGGCCAUCUGUAACCCGCUGUGCUACACCAUCAUCAUGAAUAGCAGGGCCUGCCUCCUGUUAGUUCUGGGCUGCUGGGAGGGGGCCUUCCCGUCAGUGCUUUGCCCAACUAUUGUGGUGUCCAGAUUGCCAUACUGCACUGAAGAAAUUAGUCAUUUCUUCUGUGACAUCGCUCCUUUACUGCAGGCGGCCUGCAUAGACACUCAUUUCAUUGAGAUGAUAAGCUGCUUCUUAUCUUCCCUCGUGGUCCUGACCUCGCUGGUGCUCACCAUGUCCUACACCUACAUCAUUUCUACCAUCCUGCGCAUCCCCUCGGCCCAAGGAUGUCAGAAGGCCUUUUCCACCGGUACUUCUCACAUCACUGUGGUCUCCAUUGCCUACGGGAGCAACAUCUUCAUGUAUGUGAGACCCAGCCAGAGUCAUUCCCUGGAAUUUGACAAAGUGACAGCUAUCCUCACCAUAAUGGGGACCCGUCUUCUGAACCCCUUCAUUUAUAGUCUAAGGAAUGAAAAGGUAAAGGAAGUGUUGAGAGAUGCAGUCAACAAAAUUUUGCCCUUUUUGCACAGGAAACCUUAA